AUGCCACAGUCGCGUCUUUCUCGCCUCCCGCCGUGGAUCAGCCACUGGCUUGGAUACCGUGCCGAAACUCCGAAACCACUCGCAACUUGGAAGGUCGCCGCAUGGUCCUUCAUUACUGCAUUCUGCGGUCUUUCCGUAGUACAGGGCAUCUUUAACUACUCGCAUUAUUUCACUUCGCGCCAUGUGCCUGGCAUUAUCGCAUCCUAUGGCGCAUCAGCAGUUCUCGUCUUCGGUGCUAUUGAAAGCCCACUUGCGCAGCCUCGGUCUUUAAUUUUCGGCCACUUUUUCAGCGCCUUAAUUGGUAUCUGCGUCACCAAGCUAUUCAGUUUGAUGCCUGACCAAGAGCGUUUUGAGUCCCUGCGCUGGCUGGCAGCCUCAUUGUCGACCGCCAUCGCGAUUGUUGUCAUGCAGCUCACUGGGACCACUCACCCACCUGCUGGUGCUACCGCGCUGCUCCCAGCCACCAAUGAUGAAGUUUGGAACCUCUCAUGGUACUAUUUACCGGUUGUUCUGCUUUCUUCUACGAUGCUCAUGUGCUGUGCUCUGCUAUUGAACAAUAAUAUGCAUCGGCGGUAUCCAGUUUUUUGGUUUACGCCGCCUGCGCCGCCAAAGUCUGCACCUGCACCUCCACCAGGGCCUGCUCCGGGUGCACCAUUGAUGGUGGACCCAGCAUCCUCAGACGAGAAGCUGCCUAAGGAUUCUGUAUAA